AUGCUCAGGGCGGUUUGGGACACCCCCCGGCGUUGGCUGCGGGAGGGCAGAGAGUCCCGGAGGCUGGUGCUGGUGGUGGUGUUCGUGGCUCUGCUCCUGGACAACAUGCUGCUCACCGUGGUGGUGCCCAUUGUGCCCACCUUCCUAUAUGCCACAGAACUCAAAGAAGUCAACACUUCUCUGCACCCCGCCCCCGCUGCAACCUCCCUCACUUCCCCUGCCUUUUCCAAGAUCUUCUCCUUCUUUGAUAACAACACCUUGGCUGUGGAAGAAAGUGCGCCCAGGGGCACAGCAUGGACCAAUGGCUCUUCUGGCACCACCCCCCCUCCGGUCACUGGAGCCAUCUCGUCCCAUAAAAACGACUGCCUGCAAGACACCAAGUUCCUGGAGGAAGAGAACAUACGGGUCGGGGUUCUCUUUGCUUCAAAGGCUCUGAUGCAGCUUCUGGUCAACCCAUUCGUGGGGCCUCUCACCAACAGGAUUGGAUAUCACAUUCCCAUGUUUGCUGGCUUUGUUAUCAUGUUUCUCUCCACAGUGAUGUUUGCUUUUUCUGGUACCUAUGCCCUGCUCUUUGUGGCUCGAACCCUUCAAGGCAUCGGAUCUUCAUUUUCAUCUGUUGCAGGUCUCGGGAUGCUGGCAAGUGUCUACAGGGACGACUAUGAGAGGGGCCAAGCCAUGGGAAUCGCCUUGGGCGGCCUGGCUCUGGGAGUGCUGGUGGGCGCUCCCUUCGGGAGUGUGAUGUAUGAGUUUGUCGGGAAGUCUGCACCCUUCCUCAUUCUGGCUUUCCUGGCACUACUGGAUGGAGCACUCCAGCUUUGUAUUUUACAGCCUUCCAGAUUCUCUCCUGAGAGCGCCAAGGGGACUCCACUCCUUACACUUCUCAAAGACCCUUAUAUCCUGGUGGCUGCAGGCGCCCUCUGCUUUGCCAACAUGGGAGUGGCCAUGCUGGAGCCCACGCUGCCCAUCUGGAUGAUGCAGACCAUGUGCUCCCCUGAGUGGCAGCUGGGUCUAGCUUUCCUGCCUGCCAGCAUGUCCUACCUCAUUGGCACCAACCUCUUCGGCGUGUUGGCCAACAAGAUGGGCCGGUGGCUUUGCUCUCUGAUUGGCAUGGUGGUAGUAGGUACCAGCUUGCUUUGUGUUCCUCUGGCUCGGAAUAUUUUUGGCCUCAUUGGUCCCAAUGCAGGGCUUGGCUUUGCCAUAGGCAUGGUGGAUUCCUCUAUGAUGCCCAUCAUGGGGCACCUGGUGGACCUGCGCCACACUUCUGUGUAUGGGAAUGUCUACGCCAUCGCUGACGUGGCUUUUUGCAUGGGCUUUGCUAUAGGCCCAUCCACGGGUGGUGCCAUUGUACGUGCUCUGGGCUUCCCCUGGCUCAUGGUCAUCAUUGGAGUCGUCAACAUCGCCUUCGCCCCUCUCUGCUGCUUCCUGCGGAGCCCCCCGGCCCGGGAGGAGAAGCUGGCAAUCCUGGGCCAGGACUGCCGCCUGGAGACCCAGGUGCACGCGGUCCAGAAGCCCACGAGAGCGUUUCCCCUGGGAGAGGACAGCGAUGAGGAGCCUGGCAGCGAGGAGUAG